AACGGCGACGGUGCUUAGAUUUUUAUCGUUUAAAUUAUCCUAGGUCUUUCCACUCUAUAACAUUUUUACCGUAACACCAUAAACAUGGACGUUGUGGAAUUACUUUCAUUUCAGCCUGACAAACCAAACCCAAAAAGCAAGAAGAGACAAAUUGCUGAUGAUAACGAUGAUGACUACGACGACGAUGAUUAUGUUUAUGAAGAGAAGAAACCGCGUGGUGGUAAAUCCGCCAAGGCCGGCAUCAGUGAGGAAGAGAGAGAGAAAAUACUACAGAUGGUUGAGAAUGAACCUGACGUAGAAGCAAUGGAUGAAACCAAUCUGAAGAAACUGGUGCUGAAAUUCGAGAAAUCUGUCUACAAAAAUCAGGAAAUGCGAAUCAAGUUUCCAGAUAUGCCAGAAAAGUUUAUGGAAUCAGAGGUGGAGCUGAACGAUGUUAUACAGGAAAUGCACGUUAUCGCCACGGCACCGGAACUGUAUCAUAUUCUGGUGGAUUUAAACACAGUACAGUCAAUGCUACAGUUAUUGACACACGAAAACACUGAUAUCUCCAUAGCAACAGUGGAUUUGAUGCAGGAACUGACAGAUGUGGACACACUAAAUGAAAGUGAUGAAGGAGCUGCAGCCUUGAUAGGAGCCCUUGUUGAAGGGCAAGUAGUGGCUUUACUGGUACAGAACUUGGAGAGGCUUGAUGAAAAUGUGAAAGAAGAGGCUGAUGGUGUCCAUAAUACAUUAGCUGUAAUAGAAAACAUGGCAGAGUUUCGGCCAGAGAUGUGUGCAGAAGCUGCCCAACAAGGUCUUCUACAGUGGUUGCUGAAGAGAAUUAGGUCUAAGAUGCCAUUUGAUGCCAACAAAUUAUAUGCUACAGAAAUAUUGGCCAUACUUUUACAAAAUAGUGAUGAUAACAGACAGAUUCUGGGUGAUAUAGACGGUAUAGAUGUUAUUCUACAACAGUUAGCGUGGUACAAGCGUCAUGAUCCAACAUCAAAAGAAGAAAUAGAAAUGAUGGAGAAUAUAUUCAAUUGCCUGUGUUCAUGUCUUAUGUCACCAAUAAACCGGGGGCGUUUCCUGAAAGGGGAGGGGCUACAGUUGAUGAAUCUCAUGUUGAGAGAAAAGAAGAUGUCUCGUAAUUGUGGAAUAAAAGUGUUGAAUCAUGCCAUGACGGGUGUAGAAGGAACGGAUAACUGUCAGAAGUUUGUUGAUAUUUUAGGGCUGAGAACAAUAUUUCCACUUUUUAUGAAAACACCAAAACAGGGCAAGGCUGGACCUCCCCCAGAAGAGCUAGAAGAACAUAUCAGUUCUAUAAUUGGAUCAAUGUUGAGGAAUUGUCAGUCUACACAAAGGCAGCGUCUCUUCAAUAAAUUCAUCGAAAAUGAUCAUGAAAAGGUGGAGAGAUUGUUAGAGUUACAUUUUAAAUAUCUAGACAAAGUGAGGCAUGUUGACAAUCAGAUUGAAAGAGAAAAAAGUAGAUUAAAAUAUCUGGGACAAGAUGUGGAUGAAGACCUUGAGGACAGCUUUUAUUUACGGCGACUUGAUGCCGGACUUUUCACACUGCAGCUUAUAGAUUAUAUUAUGUUAGAAAUAUGUGUAACAGGACCUUCAAGUAUAAAAUCUCGGGUAUUACAGAUUUUAAAUAUGAGAGGCGGUUCAGUAAAAUCAAUAAGAAAUAUAAUGAGAGAAUAUGCAGGUAACAUAGGAGACGCAAAAGAUCCGGAUACAAGAGAGGAAGAACAGAAUCAUAUCUUACAGCUUGUUGACAAAUUCUGAUGUGAUGACUGGGGAUGUUUUGUGGUUUUAAUGUGAAAAGAGUUGUUACCACUCGUCCGUAAAUUAGGGUCCAAAAAGUUCGGAUUUAGGGGUCAUAUGCCUGAAACUGUUGGUAUAUUGAUGUCAUAAUGUCAGAAAGAGAAAUUAACAGUACUGAUAAAAAGAAAUUGAGAUGCUAUUGUGACUUUUUGUUUUGGUUUGAAUGUAGAAAAAUGUUUAUUUGAAAUAUUGUUAUAAUAACAUUGUAAUAUUUUGUUAUGGUUUGAAAACAAUUUAGGUGAAAUACUGUGUAGUAUUGAUGAUGAAAAAGUUAUAAUUUUAAAUAUUGCAAUUUAAGUAGAGACCAUGUUAUAGAUAGUUAAGAUACAGUAAAUACAUUUAAUACUUUUGAAUUAAGAACAAUUUUAUUUAAUAAAAUGAUGCUAUGAACUCAAUGGAGAUAAUGUAUUAUUCAACUCAUUUAAUAUGAGGAAAUAUUUUUGAUGUUGUUACACUUUAUGUUAUAUAUAUCAAAAUAGUAGUUCGGUAUUUCAAAGCAAUUCAGGCAAUUCUUUCAUAAAAGUAACUUAUUAAAAUAUUUAUUUCUUUUGAAAAUAAGUUAAAUAACUCUUGUUAUUGUAAUUUCAUACUGUACUUAUAUGAGUUUUCAAUCCAGAUUUGAAAAAUAAAUUUAAUAAAUUGAUAAAUUUUCCAUUUUUGAGAAGGAAUUAUGUAUAUCUGUUCACUGUGUGACAUAUUUGCAAUUAUUGUAGUUUGUUAUUUUAUUACUUUGGGUAUCUUUGGACUACAACAAGCUAAUAAAAAGAAGUUACAAGUUAUUGAAGGAUACCAGCAAUUGACUUUUCUGCUCUUUCUCACCAUGUAUUUUGUUUUAAUAUGGCCAUUGAAUCAUUAAAGGAACAAGAAAUUAUCAAGUAAGAAAUGUGUGGAAAAAAACAACAUUGAAGACGAUCAGAAACUCCUAUGGGUAUGAUAAAAUCUAGUCGGCAUAGAUUUAUAUAAAUUCUUAAUUGUGAAAGUUGAUAAAUCACACAAGAAAAGAUUAAAAAGGAUAUCAUGGACACUGAUUGUGAUGACUGUAAAAAACCCAUGAGAUGUGUAUAAUAUUACUCCCAUUGGAAAUUAUUGAAAAUAUCCUAGGUAAUAAUGUUAAAUUUUUAUUGUUGAAGAAAAAUAAUGCACUUUUCAGUUGUCAAAAAAAAUGCAUUCAAUUUGGAUUUCCAUUGAAAAUAACAAGAAUGAUGUCAGGAUAGAGUG